CAGCACUUGCACAACACAGUUCCGCACAUAUCGUCUGUUUGUGUUUUCGUGGUGAGCUCUCCACAUCAACAAACGGUCUGACAACAUUCAGCAUUGUGAAUAAAGUGUUUGACAGAAUAAAGAAGUACCUGGAGACAAAAAUGGCAUCAGACUCUCCACGCAGACCAAGCCGCUGUGCUGGAGGGGUGUUGGUGCGAGCCCAAGCUGCCACGGAGCAGUCAUACAUGGAGAGUGUGGUGACCUUCCUCCAGGAUGUUGUGCCUCAGGCAUACACUGGGGCGCAACUAACUGAAGAGAAGGAAAAAGUCAUUUGGGUUCGAUUUGAGAAAGCUGAUAUCAAUGACACGGCUCGUAAUCCUGAGUUUAUGGAGAUGCACAGCAGCACUACUGAGCCUCCUCUCUGCCUCAUGAUCGGAUACACUGAUGGGAUGCAGAUCUGGAAUGUUUCUUUGGCAGGAGAAGCCCAGGAGCUUUUUUCUGUACGUCACGGACCAGUGAGGGCUGCCAGAAUUCUGCCUGCACCUCAUAUAACUCCUCUGAAGACUGACACAUUUUCUGACAAGAGGCCGCUGCUGGGGGUUUGCAAAAGCACAGGUUCAUCAGGGGCCAGUCCUCCUUAUUCAUGUGCCGAUCUCUACUCUCUACGGACUGGGGAAAUGGUCAAAUCCAUACAGUUCAAGACACCGAUUUAUGAUCUCCACUGCAACAAGCAUAUUCUUGCUGUCAGUUUUCAAGAAAAGAUUGCAGCGUUCGACAGCUACACUUUCACAAAGAAAUUCUUCGUCACAAGCUGCUUCCCAUGUCCUGGCCCCAACCUCAAUCCCAUAGCUCUGGGAAGCCGCUGGCUGGCGUACGCUGAAAACAAGUUGAUCCGAUGUCACCAGUCUCAUGGAGGAGCUUGUGGAGACAAUUCUCAGUCGUACACUGCAACUGUGAUCAAUGCCGCCAAAACAUUAAAGACUGGCCUCACCAUGGUUGGAAAAGUGGUUACUCAGUUAGCAGGUAAUCUGCCAGCAGCCACCCCAGAUGAGGAUGGGGCUCCGCAUAGCACCAGCCGUCGGAACCCCAACAACCCUGGCAUCGUCACCAUCAUCGACACUCACAGUGUUGGAGAAGGACAGGUUCUGGUGAGCGACGACUCCGAUGGUGAUGGAGUUGUGGCCCACUUUCCUGCUCAUGAUAAACCCAUUUCCUGCAUGCAAUUCAAUCACAGUGGUAUGCUUUUGGUGACUGCUGACACUCUGGGUCACGACUUCCACGUCUUCCAGAUCCUCACACAUCCAUGGACCUCGUCCCAGUGCGCUGUCCACCAUCUGUACACACUGCACCGUGGGGAGACUGAGGCCAAGGUCCAGGACAUGUGUUUCAGUCAGGACAGUCGCUGGGUAGCUAUCAGCACCCUCCGUGGCACCACACAUGUAUUCCCCAUCAACUCGUAUGGAGGUGCACCCUGUGCUCGGACACACAUGUCCCCCCGUGUUGUCAAUCGGAUGUCCCGAUUCCAAAAAAGUGCUGGCCUGGAAGAGAUCGAACAAGAGCUGAACAGGGCUGCCGCUUUUGGAGGGCCAACUGCUGUGGGUGGAGGUGUGGUCGGGGGAAGUAGCUGUAUCCUUGGCAGCGGAGGAGCCCUCGGAGGACGCAGCAGCCCUAUUGCGGGUCUUUCAAGUAGCCCGUCUGGGUCGCCCCUACAUGCCAAGCUCAGCAAUCAGGAUUCCUACAACAACUUUGGCAACAACACCAUGGGAAACCCCCGUCUGUCUCCUCUGCCCAGUCUGACAAUAGUAUUGCCACUGGCUCAAAUCAAGCAGCCCAUGACGCUGGGAACCAUCACCAAACGUACUGGCAAAACGAAGCCCCCUCCUCAGAUUUCCCCAAGUAAGUCAAGCGGAGGAGAGUUCUGUGUUGCGGCCAUCUUUGCAGUGUCUCGCUCCUGGUUCAUCACAAACCCCAACUUGAAAAGAGACAAAGAUCAGUCCAGACACACAGUGGUGGACUCCCUCUACAUCCUAAGCUGUUAUGGUAACUUGGUAGAGCAUGUUCUGGAGCCUCGACCCCUGAGCACAGCUCAAAAAAUCAGUGAUGACACACCAUUGGAGCUCAGCACCUCUCCACGGGCCUGCUGGAUGCUGGCUAGAACUCCUCAGUGGAAUGAGCUGCAGCCACCCUUCAAUUCCAAUCACCCCUUGAUCCAGGCCUCGGACCUGGUGCAGUACUGUCAGUGUCUCCAAGCAGGAAUGCCCCCAGGAAGCCCAAGCCAAAUCACACGUCACGAGUCGUUAGACAGCCUGGCGUCUGAUCACAGUGGACAAGAGGACCAGGAGUGGCUCUCACAGGUUGAAAUUGUUACCUAUACUGGACCACAUCGCCGUCUGUGGAUGGGACCCCAGUUUCAGUUUAAGACCAUUCACCCCUCUGGUCAAACAACAGUUAUCUCCUCAUCAUCUUCAGUGCUCCAGUCUCAAGGGCCAUCUGAUGUCCAGCAGCCCCUCUUGGACUUUGACACAGAUGACCUAGACUUGCACAGCCUUGGGAUCCAACCGAUGCGUUCUGAACCAGUCAGCAUGCCUGGGUCCUCACGGCUGGUGGCAGAGCAACGAGGACAUUCAAAUUUAAUGGAUGCAGGAUCAGUUCACAUAAUAUCCACUGGAGCCGGUGUCAGUGUUCACUUUACUUCAUCUCCCAUGACUCUGAGAAAAGCCUGCUUAUAGCUUACGAGUGUUUCCUCAACAGCAGAUGAAUCAUUGCACCAACAAAUAAAAAGAAUCUGCUCUUGUGCUUUAAAACAUCACAGUUUAGUACAUAACAUGUGGUGUCGUUCUUUUCAGUAGUGGUAGUGUGGAGUUGCGAGUACUGUGGAGUUGAGAGAAGCUAGAUAUUAUGUGGGAGAGAUUGCUAUCUAUUUUCGAACUAUAAUGAGUGGUGGCUAGAAAUCCAUUUGUGUCUUUAGAGAAAUAUAAUGGUAGCCAACCUCUUCUCCCCAAGCAUCCUUUUUUGUUAGGGUACUGUACUGCAGUGAAGAAUCUUCUUUGGAUGCAUGUAUCUUGAGUCAGGAAUAGCACAUGUAGGAACAACUUUUUUGGAACCUAAAAAUAAUACAGAUGGGCAAGCUGCACUCUACAUAACGGCAUAUGUCCUUUCUCUUUAGACUGCAGGGUUUUUUUUCAGAGUAAUGAUACACCAUUAACUUCUACUUAACAUUCGUGUUUAAGUAUUUGAGUUUUAUGCUCCUGUGUAUCACACUGGUGAGAAAGUUAAACUAGUGAAAAGACCCUGCACUGGAAGCGGGAGUGAGGGGCUUUUCACACUGCGCACUCUGUUUCGGGACAAAGUGAGUUUGGCUCAAAAGUCCACACAAAAGUGAACACAAGCGAACCAGGCCGCGGACUUGAUACCGCCUGGAGAGCUCCACUUUGUCUGGGGAAGCUCUCCGCAGGGGGUGAGCUUCUCGCCUUAGACGACUCUGUGCUAGAUGCUGAAAACUAAGUGUACAGCACGACUCCCCACUAACAUGAUAAAUGCUGGGCAGUAAAGGGUCUGAUCGGUGCCUGGGUGGACAUUGUCGUUCAAAAACAAGUUUGCAAACUCCCUAAACACUGAGGUGUGCAGCCGUAGCUGCAGGAGACUGGUGCUGGGGAACAGGAGUCACUGAACAGCGCAGCAGUCCAGGUGUUUGAUAAUGUGUUUUCGCCUUUAUUAGACUGAUAAACAUCUGAUUUUAUUGACAGACAAAUUUACUUAAAUUGAAUAAUGUUAGGAUCUAACUGUUGCUGUGUUGUUGCAGUGAGGAGGAAACUUUUUCUGAAGUUGCUGAAGAUUACCAGACUAUUAAAAAUUUUGUCAGUAAUCUCUCUUACUUUGCUCAACUUGUGCGAGUGCUGUGGAUAACUCAAGACGGUCCUUAUUACGCAACUUGUUUGCGCUAUUUUUUGCAAAAUAAACAUGACACUCUUUCAUGUUUACUUUUGGAUGUGAACCGCCACAUUCUGUUACAGCCGUGGCGGAGGUCUUCAGUAAAUACCUGAGUUGACAAUGACUGUAGUCUUAAGACGUGACUGAGAAGUAAGGUGGUCGAGCUGAUGCUGAUAUAUAGGUUUGGGCUUGCGACCCUAGUGCCAAGCGACUGAUGACAACUUCCUUAAGAGGAGCUUCGUUGUGGGUCACAAACCAGUUAUUUUGCGCAGAGCGCCACCAGCUGAGAAGUAAAAGGACGUUGCCUGUGGCACCGAGGUGCGAGGCUACACAUCAGGGGGCGAGUCAGACUGAGGCCACCCCACACAAAAUCCGCAGCGUGAAUAGCCUCUAACACAGUUCCUGAAACCAUUGGCAAAUACAUACUGGAAGCACACAGAACUGGAAAGGUUGAUACAGUGUGAAUGCAGCUCAUGUCGAGUGUGUGAGAGAUCGUUGAUGUAGCGUGAUUGUUGUGCCUGUGGGAGCGUUGGUUGUGAUUCAGCGGGCAAUUUUGUUUGUCUCAUACAAAUCUUCAAUAAGUUAAUCUGGCAUCACUCAUGUCAGGUAGACCAGGUGUAACAUUUUAAGUCCUUGUCUUGAUAAAAAGUAAAAAAUCUAAUUCAAGCGUAUGUUUUAAUAAUCAAAUUCUCUAGAACAAAACUGCCUGGAGUAAGUGAAUGUGGGGUCACGAUUAUUAUUCAAAUGAACAAACUUACAAUGCCUCUUACGUAAUUGUUUGUGUGUGAGAACCUCGCUCUCCCGUACACCUUGAAAUACUUGAAGCUUAAUAGACGCUGGGUCCUGUGGGUUUUAGUCUCCCUGGUAGCACACUCACCUCCUGCAAGAGUUCAUGUCUAGGUCACAGCCAAAUCUGCUGGUAAAACAGCAGCAGUAGAAAGGUUGUAAUAAAAUUAAGUAGGGGUUUCAGCUUUGACAUGCACAAAGCAAUCACGCAUUGAAUGAUAGUCAUCGCGUUUCUGAAAACGUAUCUGUGGUUUUGUUCAUGCGACAGUCAGUGGGAUUCUGUUGAAUACAUCGUUUUAUAAUCGAUUGUUUUAUGAGUGAUGAUGCUCGAAGGAAGCAGUGACACUGGACUGGUGAGGGGCCGUGCCAUAUCUUCAAGCAUGUUUUGUUGUUGUUGAAACAAGAUAAUAAUUCAUGACCUUGACACUGGUACCGGUUAGCAACUUGUCACUUCAGAUGCAGUGGAGCGGAGUGUCUAUCAAAAUUUGUUGUUAAGUUACUCUGUAAUGCUGAGCGACUGACAGACUUGGUGCACCUGAAUAUAGUCACUAUGUGAGUCCUUGAAGUGAGAAUGGGUUGUCUUGUUUGGGAAAGUUCUCCAAUCCUGAAGGGAAGAAAACAUAGGGGGAUCACAUUAAUCUGUUGAUCUUCCCAUGCUGCACAAUAAAGCGCCUUUUUAAUGAAAAAUGUGAAGAGGCCAUUAAGUAUAGCAGAGAUUAGUCUUCUAAACGCAGCGACAAGACUUUUUAACUGACUGAAAAUUCUGACUGUUUAUGUGAUUAGUAUGUCAGUGUUUUUUGCUUGGCUUUUCUUCAGUUCUUUCUUCUGUACCUCUUCCUUCUUUGCUGUCAAUUGUGUGUAUAAAAGCAAUGGAUUCUCCAGCACAUGCACCAGAAAAGUUGCUCCCUAAAAGUCCUUGAAAAGGAGCUGCAGUAAAAGUUAUUGCUCUCCAAAAAAGAGAUCACUUAGCUGUCUGUCUGAUCUUCCUCAUGAAAUAUGCUGUCCGGCAGCGUUUCGUGGAAUUCUGCGCUUAGCGUGGCUGACGGUGGACGUUAUGACAGCAGUAAAUAACAAAAUGGCCAGCUUGCACUGAGAAGGGGGAAUAGUGAAGGGAAGGUUGACAAAAAAAAAACCACUUUGGUAACCCAGCAUUAUUCCAGUCCAAGUCCCUGUGGGAUCACACUAGAGGAAGGAUUUGGGGGAGUAAUGACUACAAGUGGUGAACACUCAGGGGUGGCAUGACUCAAAUGUGUGUUUGUAGUCUCUGAGGAAUCAUCACCGCUUCGCUCAGCUUUAAAUAAUGGAAAAUUGUUGACCUUGAUUGUUGAUGUGGUGAUGCUCACACUGCAACUGAAUAAGUACAUUACACAACAGACUACAUCUUUAAGGAUAUUAAGAAAGAUAAAUGUUCCAGAGAACCGGUUUUGUCUCAAGAUGAAUUUUAACCAUAUUAACAAGUCUAGUUUGCUGCUGAUUUGAAACCUGUUUAUGACAGUUACAGUGGUCAGAACAGAAGAAGACUGUAUGAUCAGUUGUGUUACCUGUCUCUAUUAAAUGAUGUACCCAUUUUAGAGGUCUCUGCUGUGGCAACACUUACUGUAAGGUCGUGUCAAAAUCUGUCUACUCAAACUCUUUAUCGAGUGUUCUGUAGAUUUUCAACCCAAAGAGUUACUUUAUUUGAGACAGAGACAGUGUGACAAAUCCCCUUAACAACUGUCCUGAGAGGGUGAGAAGUGAUAAUGGAAAAAAUAUAGAUUGCAAACAUGAAAGUCAAGAUACAAGAUACAUGAAAGACAAGAUACAUUUUGAUGUAGAAUAAUCAGUCUGACUUUUUGAAAUGAUUAUCAUUUUAUAUCAGAUAACAUGAAGAGAGUUUUGGCACAUCAUGGUGGCCGUCACUUCACACACAGUAGUACAGGUAGCAUUCAUGUCCGUUCACAAGUCUCACCAACAUGUGCUGUGUGUGUUUUACUUGUUUCUUUUGCUAACCUGCCUGCAUGUCUCUGGUUUGAUGUUUCACAUGCUGAGAGAGAAGAAGCAGAGCUGGUGUCUGCUUUCCAUCACUGCCAAGGUCCUGAAAACACUCCACCUCUCUCUCUUUCUCUCUCUCUCCCUCUAUUGACGGAGGUCUGUGCUCUCUGAGUGUUUUCUUUUUCUGAUGUUAUAAUAAUUCUUUUCCUAUCUCUUCAACAUUGUUGUAGUCUUACGCAAUGGCACUGGUGUCUCAAUUUCUGAGAAGAACUGCACAAUCCAAACUAAGAAGUAAAAAAAGGAAAAAAAAAAUCAUUAAACAUGAUCUGAGCGACAUACACUCCGAAACAGUUAAGUUUUUAUUUACUUCAUAACCCGUUCCAUCCCUAAAAGCCAUGUACGACUAUCACGUCAAUGACAGCAACAGGGCAGUUCCUGCAGUUUGUGCAAUUUGACUGAUGUCAGAAUAGUGUUGGAGUUGUGCUAGCUCUGUCGGAACGACAUGAUACACAUCUCCAUCAUGACUGCCUGCUCAUAAAUCAGAGGGGCGGUUGUAUCAGGCCCUAACCACCCCAGGCCGAUUAGCAUGUGCAGUCUCUCAUUUGCAAACCCUGAUCGCAUAAUGAGCAGUUUCCCAGGCCACAUGUGUGAGCAUCACACACGCUCAGUUCAAAGACGCGCUCGGAUCGAUGCAAUUGUGGUUGCCGUCUAGUUGUUUGCUCAUCCGACUCCUAGUUAUAGAGUGAAUUAAAACCAGCUUGUACUCAUGGCCACUGCAAUCAGUGACCUCAAUGGGGAUUCUUACUUUGCUGGGCCAAUUUUUUUUUCCUGGGACAUCGCCAUGUCGGGAAAACAUGAGAGUGAGACACUGAACGCUGAGGAGAUUUGAAUAUCAGUAUGAAUGUGUUUACACUGGUUUGCAGACGAUUGCGAUAAAUCGCCGGACUCUUCACCUUUAUGUGCCAUAAAUCCCAUUAAUAGCUCACUGAUCCACACAAGCUGUUCAGCCCUCAUGUAGCCAGACAUCAGAAUUGUUACAAGCAUCUAGUGCCCAUGUUGUCUGAGGCAUUUUGGAGUACCCACUUAUCAUUACAUUAUUCUAUUUAUCGAUUUGGUGGUUGUACAAAAUAAGUAUAAGAUGUGAAGAAUGAGGGAAGGAAAGAUUUUUUUUAUUGACAUUUUCAGAGCUGCAAGCCAAAAUACUGUGCUUAUGUGCUGCAGGUUCUGGUGGAAAAUAAAUGCAGUUCAUAAGCCAUUAGAAGACCAUGUUAAGUAAAUGGAUAGAGGAAAGGCAUCCUACUAGUGAACUCCAGAAUAUGCCCCCAUGAUAAUACAAUAAUCCAGUGGAGGGUGAUGGUCACACAUUGCCAAAUAAUGUGAGCAACAACAACCAGAUGUGCUGGUUUUACAUAUGUAGCUCCAUGAGUGACCAGGACAAGUCUGCUCCCCAUGCUCUAACCAAGUGAUCAGGACAGCUCGCCUGAAAAGCUGUGCUGAAGCAGGAAGCUGAGGGUCCCAGAGGAGGGCCGUGCAGUGCUCAUCUGCCCAGCUUAGGGGGGCAGGGAUUGGGUUUAUGCGACAGGUGCCAGAGGGACACCACAGUCCCUUUGCAACGACACAGAAAUGCAUACACACUGAGUAUGGCCGAGCCUUAAUCCCCAAGCCAGCUGUUGCAGUUGCUAGUCCAAUCAGUCUAAAGUGUCGAGAGCCACUGAAGCUUGUCACCGAGUGUGUUUGUGUGCGUUAGUGUGGAAGGAGAAGAAGCCUAUCUGGGGUCAGGUAGCUUCUGUACGUGGCGAUUGGCCUUGCCCUCCAGACGUCUCUUGGAACUCCACUCCUGUUCUGUCCGAUGAUGACCCCUGCUCGCUCCAUGAUGAAUUCAUAACACAUGUUUCUUUGACAUACUGCACACACACACACACACACACACACACACACACACACACACAGCACCCUCAUGCAUUACCGACCCGCUGACUCUGAUAGGCUCAAUCCUAUCACAGUUCACCCCAAAUGCCAGCAGAGGUGAAAUGAGGCCAGGCACUCCCCUGUCUUUUCAUCCCAUAUUUGCCUUUGAGCUGGACCCUCACUCACUGACCCUGCAGACCUGGGCUAAUCCAUCAGGGGCAACGGCCAGGGAUGUUUUGGUGUAGGGUUAUCGAUGCUGUUGCGUCUGGUGGCGUGGGUAUCUCUGCCGCUAUGUGACUAAUGCCUACGAAUGGAUUUCUCUCACGUGCAUUUCUUUAAUGUGUUAAAUAUGAGGUGUUAGGUUUCCUUAAAGGGGACAAAGGACUGAAAGGUCCCUCACUAUGCUCAUUUUUAUUCAGUUAAUAUUAGAGGCCAGUGAAGCCCCACAGCAGACCACCUCUGGAAACAAGGAAAUAAUGGCAUACUGGUGACAUUUAAAGUACUUUUGUAGGAGUGACAUUGAAAACAUGGUUGCCAUUCAUCGUUUCCCAAAGGCAAAGCUUCUGCAAUGAACAAUUUGAAAAUUGUAAAUCCUCAAGCUUCUUUCUUUCACUUUUCCAUGAAAUGAAAUCUUUGUGCCAAAGCUGUUACUCUGUGGCACUUCAUAAUCACAAGCUAUUCCUCUGAAGCAAAGCAAAUGUGUUUGUAAUCUAAUUUAUCAUUUAUUGCCUAUUGUAUGAGGGUCAGUUGACAAAAAACAAAUGCUGAAAUGAAAUAAAAAGACUAAACAAAGAUGAAAUUAAAGUACUUCGGAAAGACGACUUAUCAAGUCUCCAUUAUUUCAUUACUGCAUGGUGAGGUGGAGGCCAGGCAAGUCAGCAGUGACUCGGCUCCACAACAAACUAAGUGUGAUGUGAGUUGUUCUGGGAUAUUUUUCGACAACAGUCAGCGUCAGCGUCAAUCUGUGCGGGUGUCACUGAAAAGCAAAUGCAAGUCUUAUGAAAAUGAUUCCAAUAACACGAUAACUCCAUUAGAGCAUUAUUCUAUUAGCUGAUCACAAGACUCAGCGAUGAGCUUCAUAGGCUUUCAUAUGAAGCUCUUCCACACAUCACGGUGCAAAUGAAUAUGAUAUCACUGCGAAGCCACAUCAAUAAAAUGUCUUAAUAUGAUCCAGUCCGCAGUCACAAGUCUAUGCAUUAACCCGACUCUUUGUGUUUCCUCAUCAAUAACAGCCAGUGAUUCUCCCCUGAUGCUGUUUGCUGUGAAAGAACUUGUCAAUAUUAGGAGAAUAUUGUUCAAAGAAGCUUGAAUCAACUUGUUCAAAUUUCACAUUGACUUUGUUGCUGAUGCUGCCAGGGGAGCUACUGACCUGGUGGAGCAAGUAGAUCCAGUGUCAGAGCUUUUAGUCCAUAUGCCGUGAUUUGGCUGAAUCAAUGCCGUUUGGCAGUAGCAGGUAAUUAGCGCUGGAAUAUUUAGAACCAUGCGGAUAGUAUUUAUUUCUUUUGCAGUAGGAAUUACACAAAUAAGAAAACUACAGUCUGAGGUGUUUGCAACGUACUUAUCUACCACCGUGUUUGACAGUGGAGGGAGUGUUCACAUCAUUGUGGCCCAAAAGUUUUCAUCCUUUCUUCUGGCGAUAUCAUAGAAGACCGGAAGUUUCUUGUCAAGAUGAGCAUUUGCAAAGGCCAAGCAUGCACGUCCGUGCUUAUCAGCUGAAGUGGCGUCCUCUGUGACCUGUGUCUGUGUAGUGUCCGUUGAGCUAGUUUGAGGCUAUUGCCCCGGCAGAUUCACCUGGAUGUCUUGGUGGUGAUCGUUGGAGUAUCUUUCACCCUUCUGUCCUCAUGGCCAGUGGUGUCACUUCAGUGACUGUUGACAUCCUCUAAGAUUUUUUGCGAAGCAUUGAUUUGUGUUAUAUAGUUAUUUAUUUUUGCAUAAAUCAAGCUGCAUAGGAAACUGAAUAGCAAACCAGGAGGGAAAGAAAAGAGAGCAAGCAGGCAAGGAUCCUGGCUAUGGUGAUCAUGAACGAGAAGUAUACUUUGUUAUGUGAAGAAAAUUGUGUGUGUGGUUCAUCCAUAGUUCAGGAGAUUAGCUAGGUAGAAGUUAAAGCAGCUUCAUAGAAGAUGAAGGUGAAUAAAGAGGAAGUGGUAGUCUUUUCCACCAGACUGAUUCAAUAUUGAAGCUGUUGAAGUUGUUGAAACUAGACAAGGAAGCGCAGUCAACAUCAGUGAGCUGCAGUUUCAUUUGGAGAAAGAGCAGGGACAUUGAUAGUGAAGUACUGAGGUCAAAGGUAGCUGGAUCUUGUCUGUGUUGAUUUAGAGAAAGCCUAUGGCAGACUUCUUGGAGAGGACAUGAGGUGCCACAUGAGGAAGUCAGGGGCAAGAUCAGAAAUGAGGUUAUCAUGGGAAAAGCUCAAGUGGAGAAGGUGGGCGACAGGAUUAGGGAGACCAGAGGGCAUGUUGGUGAAGAGGAUAAGUGUGACUAUGGAGGAUGUGUAUAAUAGGUUGUGGUGGAGGAGACUGACUUGCUGUGGCAAAGCCUUUCAGGAAAUGCAGAAAUAAGGCAACGUAAUAGUCAGCAAAGCACUUCUGGGUUUCCCACUGUGGGAUUCAGGCUUGUAGUGUUGGCUCAAGUGUCAAGAUCAUUUGAGAAAAUUCUACAGUGUAUGUUGAAUUAUUCAUAAUUAGUCAUUCAUCAUGGCCACCAGUGGCAAAACAGACAAGAUGCACACAUCUUCCUAGACAGACAGACAGUCAGACAGAUAGGUAAGAAAAAACUAUUGUUUCCCUACGUUUUCCUCAUACGUCACUGACUGUGGUUACGUGACAACAUGCAAUGACUGUGGUUCACUCUGAUGUUUAAUCUGCAGUUAUUGGAAUGUACAGACUUACCGUGUGUAUAUAUGACGCCGUGUGUAUGUGUGUAUGACUGGAGAGCCCCUGAGUGCUCUUUGUGCUAAUAAAACACAAGCUCUAUGGGACACUGGACACCCCAGAUCAAACUCCAUCACAUUACUGAAAUAUUACACCUCCCCAAGCAAACAGCCAGCACUCCGCCAACAUGUAUUUGUUUCAUGUACUCGUGUGUGUGUGUGUGUGUGUAUGUGUGUGUGUGUGUGUGUGUGUGUGUGUGUGUGUACAUGUACAUGUACAUGCACAUGCACAUGCACAUGCACAUGCACAUGCACAUGCACAUGCACAUGCACAUGCACAUGCACAUAGACAGACGGGCAGACAGAAUGGCUACCCAUCCAUCUAUCCAUUCAAUCCAAAACCUUCAUUUCUCUCUUCAAGUGCUCCAUUUCUUAACCAACAACACUGGUCUACUGUGUUGUGUGGAACACUUUACUAAUGACCGCUUCUAGCAGGUUUGUGUGAGGAUCACAGAGGCCUGACGUUUAUGGGAAGUGUGAUGAUUUAGAGGUCGGCAGGCGGCACACUCUCUCAAGGUCAGGACCCCACUCUUUCAUCUCUCAUUAGGGGACACGGAAAAUACAAGUCACACGCAGGAGUCUCUAUUACCAAUAUGAAGUGAGAGCGCCGACUGUCUGAAACUCAAGUGUGGUGAGAGCAGAAACAAAGAAGGAUCUUGAGCCACAUAGGAACCACUCCUGUUGAAGGUUCUAAAACUAUGUAGCAGUCUAAAGUUUUUUCCCUCUCCUCACCCCUCUUCCUUUGAAGUCUCCUCACUGCUCUUGAAAGUUUUGAAGUGGUAUGACAUGAACAUAGGUUGAUCACCCUACUGCUAAGUUGCCAAUCAGAGUUCUCUGUGAAGAAAAAGGAAAAGACUUUUGUGCCCAAAUCUCUAGAACAAAUUAUAACUGAUUAAAAAAAAGGAAAAAAAAAACCAACAAUCAUAUCACCAUUAGCAACAGUCACAGGACGGUUGUAUGUUUCUUGUGAAUGCAAUGAGGUUUGUGGAGGAGGAGAAAUUCCAUCAUGUUAGCCCAAAACCACUCAAUGAUGUUGAGAUCAGAUCUCUGUGGAAGCCAUGACACCCACUUCCAGGACAGCUGUGCUCACUCCUGUCAUGUAAUUGUCAUCCAAAACUUCACUUUGCUCACAGAGUUUGGCUGCUCCUUGCCCAGUUUUUAGCCUCUUGCAGAGCUGUUUGUGCUUUAGUUAAUCUCUGCUUCACCCUUCGUGUGACAUUGAUGAUCAGAUAGCACCUGUUGGGUAUUAUCGGUUGGCCUACUGUCCUAUAAUAAUUGAUGGUUUGAAGGCAAUGGGUAGUGACACCAAAUACUGAUGUGAUUGAGAAUAUUUUGCCAUCAUGUUAAUAUGGAAAGUGGACUCAAGAGGAUACAAUUUGUAGGAAGUCAAGUUAACCAAUGCAUCAACCGCCAUUUUCAUGUAAACAAAAAACAGAAAAACAACCUCAGAUAUCUGCCACUUCAUUCCGAACAAAUAUUGGUCUCUGCCUCUGUUUGCUAAGCCUCUAUCCAUCCAUGUGGGCAGGGAGCAAAAAACAGCAUCAGUUUCAAGCCAGAAAUAAAGAUUAUCACUCCUUAGCAGAGGGGCGAGGACAGCCAGCAGUUGUUGGGAAUCAAUAAUGAUCCAGAUUUGUAUCUUAAUCCCACCCAGGACUGAUGAGUCCACCACCACAACACAUGGGACACAAGCAGCGCUACAGAAAAUUACACUUAUCCUGUGACAGGUACUUAGCAUAAGAUGGGAUUAGACGAAACUUUAAUGAAUCUCACAGUGAAAUCAGUGCAGCCAAAUAGGAUUCCAGGGCCACAGAAAUUCAAG